UGGCUACAUACCAAUCUUCCAUAAAGACACCCCCUCAAAACACCAAUACGUGAUUGUGAUGUACCUCAUAUCUUUGACUUUUUUUUUUCUUUUGAAGCGGGGAGAUUUGAUUUUCAUGUUUCUUAAUCAUCCACCAACUUUUCUAAGUUGGAUGUUGAAGACGAAUUUGGAUUGAAAAAAUAGAAAUACGAAUACAAUGUUUCCUCUUUUCUUUCUCUUUUUUUUUGAAAUAGCGAUCCCAACUUAAACGCUAUAAUCGCUAUUUUAAUUUCGAUUCUUUUCAUCAUUUAUACUCAUCAUCAUAGUAAAUUAGUAAUGGCUGUCAAAGAAACGGCAAGAGAGGACGGAGAGGAGAUAAACCCGGAAAAGGAAUCAAAAUCCGAGGUUGUGGAGAGAAGUGAAUCAUUAAAACAAAAUGAGGAGUCGUCAUCGAUAAGGGAACCGGACAUUCCCGCCGUCCGGGGAUUGGAUUCCGAUAGCAGCGGUGGUGCCUGCACCAGCAAUUGUCCCUACUAUUCUCAAAAGCCGCCGCAAGUUUUCCAGAGAUGGAACCGAGAUUCUUAUGCUUUGCAAUGGAAGCAUGUGAUCGAUAAUAUUAAGAAGAAAUCAGCCAGGAGUUUCUCUAUCAUUCCUUUGCUCACAAAUAACUACGAGAUGUCUAAGAAGAAUUUGUGGAGGAAAUUGACCAAAUUUUACGGCUCCGAGGCCGGCGUCGUUGAUAUUGACGGUAUACCGGUGCCUAAACCAUCAUGGAAGACUUUUUCUUACUCCGACCUUUGUGCUGCUACAGAUCAUUUCAGUCCUGAGAAUAUGCUGGGAAAAGGGGGCAAUGCGAAGGUAUACAAAGGGCACUUAACUGAUGGUCAAAUUGUAGCAGUGAAGAAGCUAAUAAAGAAUGAGAAGGAAGAAGAAGAUAGAGCCAAUGAUUUCUUGUUAGAACUUGGGAUUAUUGCUCACAUUAAUCACCCAAAUGCAGCUCACUUAAUCGGAUUCAGUGUUGAUGGAGGCUUGCACUUAGUCCUUCAGUUUGCUCCUCAUGGCAGCCUUGCUUCUGUGCUUUUCGGUUCAGAUGAGUGUCUAGAUUGGAAGACAAGGUACAAGGUGGCGACAGGGAUAGCAGAGGGAUUGAAAUAUCUCCACCACGAUUGUCCGAGACGCAUUAUACAUCGAGACAUCACAGCCUCCAACAUACUGCUCACUGAAGAUUAUGAAGCUCAUAUCUCGGAUUUUGGUUUGGCAAAGUGGCUGCCGGAGAAUUGGCAUCAACAUGUUGUCCAUCCCAUCGAAGGAACAUUCGGGUACUUGGCUCCAGAGUACUUCAUGCAUGGGAUAGUUGAUGAAAAGACCGAUGUAUUCGCAUUUGGAGUCCUGUUACUGGAGAUAUUAACUGGCCGUCGCGCAGUCGAUUUAUCCCGACAAAGCCUCAUGAUUUGGGGAAAGCCACUUCUGGAAUCAAAUAAAGUGAAGGAACUGGUAGAUCCUCGACUGGAAGACGAUUACGAUCAAACACAAGUGAAACGUGCAAUGUUAACAGCUUCCAUGUGCAUAAACCAUUUAGCCAACCUACGUCCAAGCAUGACAAGGGUGGUGGAGUUGCUUAAGAACGAAGAUGGUGCAGUAGAGAGUCAGCAGAAGAGUUGUGGAGGGAAAGCAGUGAUAGUAGACGGUUGUGACUUGCAAGAUUAUAGUCGAAGCAGCUAUCUAGAUGACUUGAACCGUCAUAUGCAGCUGGUUUUGGAGUAAUGGCUUUAGUUGGUUUAUUUGUGAAAAUUGGUACAAAUCAAUGAAAUGAAAUUUCAUAGGUGUAAAUAUUUUGGGCUUCCUUUCUUCGAUUUCCUUUUGCCAUUCACACUCUGAAGAUGAUUGGGAGCUUCAAUGUCCAUAACUCAAAGGGAACAAUUAGAAAUCAGAUGUCAUUUGGGUUAAUAUUGUACUAAAAUAUUGGAAAAAGAAACCUGUCAAUAGUUGUCUUUUUUCCUUCAUGCUUUUCAUAAAAUUCGUAUGUAAAUUUGUACAUUCACCAACUGCUAAGUGCUGGCUUUAUUUGUGAUUACUAUUAGUCAAAUCAGUUUGCAAUUGGCACUGAUUUAUUUUUAUAUUUGUGAUUUUCAUAGAAUUCAUAUGUAAAUUUAAACACUCAGUAAAUUAAGUGUUAACCUUAUUUGUGAUGUGA